AGCAUAAGGAAGUCAUCCAAAUCAAAAAAAUUGGUCAAAAAUGAAUUCCAGAUUUUCUACUUUUGGUUCCAUCCUUCUUCUCCUUCUUUCUCUUCUCCUUGUUCUUUUUCUUACCCUUCAUUCUAAGGUAAGUUUUCCUAAUCCUCCUCCUGAUAAUCCAAUCGAGAUUCACAAUCAAAAUCAUCACCAUAAUCACUCAUCAUCACUUCAAACAAGUGAUGAUAAUCUUGACCCUGCUUUUAGGGUUUUCUUCCAUUUCAACGAACUAAAACCAGGUAAAAUCAUGCCAAUCUAUUUCCCCAUCAAAGAUCCAUCCAAAACCCCUCAUCUUCUCCCUAGAAACGAAUCAGAUUCAAUUCCCUUUUCCUCAUCUCAACUACCCACCAUCCUAAAAUUCUUCUCCUUCUCAAAUGACUCAAAACAAGCCAAAGCCAUGGAAGACACCUUAAAGCACUGUGAAUUCGAACCACUCAAUGGAGAAAGAAAGUUCUGCGCCACGUCUCUUGAAUCAAUGAUGGACUCAGCCAUCGAAAUAUUCGGACCCGGAUCUCGACUCAAGGUUAUGAUGACUACCCACGUUUCAGAUCACAAAGCUGCGUUCCAAAACUACACGAUUGUUAAAGUUCCUAAAGAGAUUUUAGCUCCAAGGAUCUUGGCUUGUCAUACUUUGCCUUACCCUUAUGCUGUUUUGUAUUGUCAUAGCCAAGAGAGUGAUAAUCGACUGUUUGAGGUUUCGUUGAAUGGAGAGAAUGGGGAGAGGGUGGAGGCGACGGCGAUCUGUCAUAUGAAUACGACUCAAUGGGAUCCUGAUCAUAUGGCUUUUCGUGUGCUGGGGAUCAAACCGGGUGGCUCACCUGUUUGUCAUUUCUUUCCGGCUGAUAAUCUUGUAUGGAUUCCGGUGCCGUAGGUUAAUAAUUCCUCUGUUUUUGUAAAACAAAAGUUUGAUCUGCUGAUAUAUGUCGUGUUUGAUUGUAGAUCUAGUGUUUGUUAACUUAAAAGUAAUUAAUUAUAGAAGGGUUGGAUUGAUAAUACAAAUUAAAAUGUUACUUUUUUA